AAUGGGCCAUAGGGCGCUGUCCCUUGGCACUCGUUCCCAUUUCGCCCAAAUUUUUCCAAGUGGAGGAUAUAGAUUAAUAUUGAGAUCAAGCACCGUGCGCAUGUGGGGAUCCGGUCAACUUGAGAAGAUCAAUCCCCAAAGCAGCGACCCAGGUUAUUUUUAGGGGGUGUAUCUUCUUAAAUCUUCCUUGCUUAGAAGGACUCCAUGAUAUGGUACAAUUAUUUACGGCAUACGGUACAAUACUAUCUCUGACCCGGUCUGGUUGCACUGGUCACUGGACCUUCUCAGCCUACACUUACUCCCUGGUAAUCAGGGUAGUUAAGGUAGUUGUUACUACACUUACUCCAGGGAGUAAUAGUCAACCACUUGGGAGAGUGGGAGAGGGUUUCUUGGGCGUGUGAUACUUGGUUUCCGGAGGAGUUGGUUAAAAGAAGUUUCGGUAUGAGUUCGUUGCAUGGCGGUUUAGAUUAGUGCAACUGCGUCAGUCAUGGAGGGGAGAUGAGAAAGGUCGGAACUCCACCUUCCCAGACAGAUCCUUGCCGUAGAGCUCAUGUCUUUGGCGCAAGGACGCCAGGAAUCCACCGUGCGUGAUGCCUAAAGGCGGAUUUGUGUGGAGGGGUUCAUUCUGCGGGAAUGAAGAGGAUUGGCGGAGUCGAGGGAUUCUUCUCUCACAGCUGAAAUGCUGAUCCAACUAUCUUACUCAGAGUACCUGACGGAAGGGUCACCGGAGUUGGCCUGAUUCCCCGGAGAUGGCGAAGCCCGGAAGGCGCCCUGUAAACAAGUAUGCAUUUGCCACCACCGUGCUAUCGACUGCCACACCCCUCUUCUUGGGCUACGACCUGGCCAUGGUGAGCAGCACGGCCGUGCUCGCGGAGGCCGACCUGAGGCUCCUGGCGUGCGUCGUCGUGCUCUCUUCCCUCGUGGGCGCGCUCACAUCCUUGGUAGCGCAGUGCUUCCUGGGUGAUCGCCGCACCGUCCUCCUGUCCGCCGUGGUGCUCUGCGUGGGCGCACUCACCAGGGGGCUCGCCGCCGGCCCCGCGGCGUUCACGGCCGGUGUCUUCGUCAACGGCAUCGGCAUGGGCCAGGCGCUCAUGAUCGUCCCGGCGUACGUAGCCGAGCUCUGUCCCUCCUCGCUGCGCGGCGCCCUCACCUCCCACCCGGACGGCUUCGUGUACCUCGGCUGCAUCCUCGGUUCCCUCUGCUACUCCACGGGCUUCGUGAAGCUCCCGGCGAACCUCGCCUGGUGUCUGACCAUAGUCUCCGGAACGGCCGUUCCGGCCUCGCUCACCUGCGCCGUCCUUCUCAUGCCGGAGUCGCCCCGGUGGCUCGUGGCCAGGGACCAGAUGACCAAGGCCCGGCGCGUGCUCUCCAGGACGUCCGCGACGCUGGAGGAGGCAGAGCUCCGUUGGCUUGAGAUAAAAGCCGAGCUCGGCGCACCGCACGAUGGCAUCGAAGAGACGGUGGCGACGUCGGUCAGACGUAAACGGUGGAAGAAGGAGUGCGCGAUAUGGAGGGAGCUGCUGGCGAGGCCGACGGAGCCUCUCCCCCGCGCGAUCGUCAGCGCGCUGGUCGCCAAGGUCUUCGCGUCCGGCAUGGGGCGCAUGUCCCAGUACGUGCAGCGCGGCUUCCUCGACGUCGGCGUCUCGUCGGCCCGGCAGACGCGGAGGGCGCUGCUGGCGUUCGGGAUCGCCGUGGUGAUGUCCUUCUCCGUGUCGCUGGUCCUCGUGGAGCUCGGCUUGCUGCUGGUGACGGCACUCGCAGGUAGCCGCGCGCCGUCCCACCCACCGCCUCACCGCUGCGGCGGCCACGUCGGCAUGACACGGCGGCAAGAGCAGCUGAAGCGGUCGAGGGGGCUGUCCGCGACCAUGCUGCUGUCGCUGAUAGCGCUGGUGUGGAUCGCGCCCGGGCCAGCGCAGUGGGCGGACGAACCGUCGCCGUCAUCGUCCGGCAGCAGCCGGUGGGUGUGGGCGGCGACGGCCGUGGUGAAGAGGGCGUCGGUCUUUUGGAGCUUCGCGAGGGCGUACGGUGCCAGCUCCGUCCCCGUGCAAUGGAGCUUGCUCGUUUGCCCCGCGGUCGGCGUGCUCGUGUGGUUCUUCUUUUGUGCGUGCCUCCUUGGCGCGAGGAGGAGGCGAGCCAGUUUCAUUCACGUUCGGUCUUUCCCAAUAAGCACGUCCGCCGCUAGUCUAGCGAGCUUGGUCCACGGCUGAACGGGCGAUGGCACCAGAGGCAAGUAGGAUGGCUUCCGCCGGCUGUUGGCGGCACGAUGCUAGCGAUUGCAUUCUUGCAUUUUCUCCUGUGCUGACGAGGACCGGAGAGCAUGCAGUCGGUGCCUCGUGGAUGUUCGUGCGGGAACGGAAAAAUGUUGGAAAUUUGAGAACACAAAGUUCUUGAGUGUGCAUAUUAUAUAUUAAAAAAGAAAGGCAAAAA